CCCCGACUGUCUCCCUACCACUGCCAUGCCGGAAGCGACGGGUCGCGCUCCUCUCUGCGAGCUGCGGGAGAGCCGCCUGAACGUGCAGGGUCAGACAGAGAUCAGGAAGAGAAGCAAGAGCGAAGCAACAGAGACGAACAAGAGCGAAGCGACAGAGACGAAUAAGAGCGAAGCGACAGAGACGAACAAGAGCGAAGCAACAGAGACGAAUAAGAGCGAAGCGACAGAGACGAACAAGAGCGAAGCGACAGAGACGAACAAGAGCGAAGCGACAGAGACGAACAAGAGCGAAGCGACAGAGACGAGGGAGGUCACGGUCGAGCAGCUCCAAAGAGAAGUGCAGCAUUUGAAAGGAGAGCUGGUGGAAGCCAACUUGAAGCGGAAGAAGAACUCUUCACGAGUGCUAGAGCUUGCCGAGAGACUAGGCAAGGCGGACGAGAGGGAGAGCAUUCUAAGAAGCAAGUUGUCAGCUGCGAAAGAUCAGCUCAAAGAUCUCAAGAAGCAGCUCAAGUCCCAUCAGGCGUUAGGAUGCGGUACCGGCCGCAUGCACGCCCUGCAUUCUGUGCCAGAAGGAAACGAAAGCUGCUGUGGUGAAUCGCCACCCAAGUCUCAAGAGCAGAGCGAGGACGUCCAAGCAAGCCUCGUCUACGUCUACCUCCUCCGCUUCCCGCAUACACAUUCAGUUUGUCUUCCAGCUCAGAGUCCGUCGAGGAGGCAGCGGGCCCACCUCAUGGAGGCUGUCCUGACGCUCUUCUACACCCUCCUCCUCCUGGCGUGCUUUGUGCUGGGCUCGGAUACUGCACGACUGGUGUUGCCGUCUGAGAAAGACGGCGACCACGAGCAUCUGAUGAUCGCGUCCUUCACUACCUCCUCCCUCCACUUCCUUUUGCAGCGAAUGUAAAUGCGUCCCCCCUGUAAAAUUUGUAGUACAGAAACCAUGGCAAGC